CCACAACCAAAAACCACGAAUAGUACAUACAAUCCCAUCAUACCAUCUUCAAAAUGGAAUCCCAACCGUCAUCAAAAGCCCUCCACUAUCGCAUCACCACUAAUGUCUCCCAACUCCUCCAACGCUUCGAGAACAUCAUGGCUACAGCAACCACGGAAAGCACCAGCCACACCUCCACCGCCGUCGAAACCUACCAAUUAGACGUGGAAUCCACAGCCCUGGUCCGCGCCGCAGAAGACAUCCUCGCACUCACCCGUACAAUGAAAGAAACAUGGCUGUUCGGGAAACUCGAUACAUUGGGCGAAGACGAAGCGGAUGUGAAGCGUCGCGAGGAGCUAGAGGUGAAUGCGACUGCGAUUCAAAAGGCGAUUGAGGAGGGGGGGUUGUUGAAGGCAGCGAAGUAGUAUACUAGGAGAGGGGGAUUAAUUUGGGGAUGUGGCAUGGAAUGGCGUACGGGCUAUCGGAGUUUGGCGGGCGUUUAAAUGGGUGUGAAUUGAGAUAUAUUAUAAAGGAUGUAGAUUAUUUAGCUGAUUAGUUAUCGGAGAGAUACCCU